GUUGUCAAACAACUUCUUAGAUAUCUGAUUUUUUUCAUCUUUUAUUUAAUAAUUUGUAAUGAUUGGAGUCAAAAUGAACACAUUUAAUGACACCUCUGGCGAACCAGAACAGGAUGCCAACUCCGCUUUAACUGAACUGGACAAAGGGCUUAGAUCUGGCAAAGUCGGAGAGCAAUGCGAAGCUAUAGUCCGUUUCCCGCGACUAUUCGAAAAAUACCCAUUUCCUAUACUAAUAAACUCGUCGUUUUUAAAACUGGCUGAUGUAUUUCGUAUGGGAAAUAACUUUUUACGCUUAUGGGUUUUACGUGUUUGCGAACAAAGUGAGAAGCAUCUAGACAAGAUUUUGAACGUUGACGAGUUUCUACGAAGGGUUUUCAGUGUUCUACAUUCAAAUGAUCCUGUGGCAAGAGCAUUAGCUCUGAGGACUCUGGGUGCCGUGGCUGGGAUAAUACCUGAGAGGCAAAAUGUGCAUCAUGCUAUAAGACGGGGCUUGGAGAGCCAUGACAAUGUUGAGGUGGAUGCUGCUAUAUAUGCCACGACAAGAUUUGCAGCUCAUUCCAACUCAUUUGCAGUGGCGAUGUGCAACAAAUUGUCGGAUAUGGUGGAAUGUGAAAGCACAGGCGCUGAGCGCAGAGCCAAGCUUGUGAGAGCUUUGAGAACAGUGCACGGUGGAGCUGUAAGAGCCCAGGGAGUACUCAAGCUGCUCAGAUCUCUGCUAGAAAGGUUUCCAUCUUCAAGUUCUGUGCGAGCAGCCAUCACUGCGCUCACUGCUAUAGCUGCAGACACAGUUGUGCAUGUUCCCGAUCAGGUGGAGCUCCUUCUAAGUAUAGCCAUGAAUGAUGCUCGAUCCGUAGUACGUCGCUCGUCGCUGCUCGGACUGAAGAAGUUAGCAGAGCACGCAGCACUGUGGCCUGCGGAAUGCAUACAGGAUUUAGUUCACGCAGCGACUGGCACCCAGGAUCCUGAGCACACGAUGCUGUGCUUACAGGUUAUGCAGAUUCUGGUCCGUUGCCCGGCCGUGUGCACGUCAGCUGGCAGUCCGGUCGGGACCUCCCCGAGCGCGUUGAGGCAGUUCUGCAGCGACGCAGCGCUAAGCGUCGACCUCCAGCAAGCUGCCAUUGCUGCGGAUGUCCUCACCAGGAUCGUGGUGCACUGUUAUGAGGAAUGUCUACCGGUGGAAGGCGCGGAUCUUAUGCUGGCUCUGGAGUCGCUGGUAAUCGCAACGGGGAUACCCAACGGCCAGAACAAUAUUAAACCGUUGCGGAUCGCUCUGCGCUGCUUGGUGCAACUUAGCACAGCCCAGCCAGAUCUCUACGCUCAACGCACCGCUGCAGUAGUGGGGGCCCAGAUGGGAGCCGGGGGUCCGCGUCAAGCGGCCCUGUUGGAAGCCCUGGCCGCGCUCGGAGCCCUAGGAGCACCAGCUUUGCCACAUUUGCUACCAGCAUUGCAGCAUGCGAGGGAAGCUUGCAAAGACCCGUCCUACGAUGGUACCACUCUGGUGCUCAUAUGCACAGUCCUGCUCCAAGAGAGGGCCGGAGCAGCUCUAUCUCGGAGGAUCAAUAGGUCUUGGGAGCUGAAGAUCAAAGACGCCAUCCAAGGUGCUGAUGGGUGGACCAGAUAUAGAGUUGCGAGGGCUUGCUUAAGAUAUGGCCACCACAGUCUGGCGGCGGAUAUACUCAAACGUUUGUCUGAAGAGGCUCCCAGUGAGUCCGCCCAGCGCUGGCUAACGGCCUUGUACAGGGCCGCCGCUGCUGACUCUAAGCUCUUGGAAGAGGGGAUAUCGGGGCUGGAGGAGGCCAGCGCGGGCUGGGAGUCGUUCGGCGACGGCGGCGUGUCCAGCGGCGGCAGCUGCUCCAGCGGCUGCGGCGGCUGCGGCGCGUGCUCGCCGCUGGCGCCCGCGUGGGCGGCGGCGCGCGCGCACGCGCUGGCGGCGCUGGCCAGCACGGCGGCGGCCGCGCGCGCGCUGUGCACGCAGCCGCCGCCCGCCAUCGCCCUGGCGCAUGCGCAGGCGGCUCGAGAUCCCGCUGCGAAAGUGGGUGCAUGCGCAGGCGCAAUGCGACGCGCGUCCCAUGCGUUGGCCAACGUGGCUCAACGCUACGCCGCCAUCGCGCGCACCGCCUUCCACGCCGACCACUCUACGCUGAGGCAACUCAAUAUUUCGCAACACACCUACGCUCAACUGGCUCAAUUCCUCGACCGGAUAACGUCGAGCCAGCAGGAGAGGCCGGAGUGCGUUGGCAAGGAGCUCAAGGCCACAAGCCUGGAGGAGACCAUCGCUCUGGCGCCAUCCAUUGCCCUCGCGAAAAUCUCCGCUAAGUUGUUCGACAACCCCACCACCAACCCUGGGGUUACUCACAGGCACGCGGAGGCGGUGCUGGCGGCGGUGCUGGCGCUGGCGGUGGGCACGUGCUGGCCGCGCGACGUGUGCGGCGGCGGCGGCGGCGGCGCGCUGUGCCGGGUGUCGCUGAGCCCGGCGCACCGGCCGCCGCCCGCCGACCACGCCGCCACGCUGCCGCUGGCGCACCGCCUGGCGCUCAAACUAGAGGGGGUCAUUCUGCCGCCGCCGGAGAGCAAACGCAAGCCGAAGCGCCAAGUGAAAGGUGUACAGAUCACAGUUACUGCGACUCCACACCCGCGCACCAACGAGAAGACGGUUGAGCUCACAAACAUCCCACCCACGUUGACCGCCGUGCAGACCGUGGCGCCGGUACGGGACUUCUUCUCCGCCCAGCAGCUGGUGAGCGUUUCCACGCCCGGCCUCUACACGGUGGCAGUGGAGGCCGCUUUCGUUGACGAACACGGAGAACUGUGGCUUACAGGGCCCAGAACUUCCAUCGUUAUAAAGGCUCACGAAGAUCCCAGCACCAAAGCAAACACUCAGACAACGCGCGGGAGGUUUUGAAAUACGAACAAAGUGUAAUCGUGUAUAAUAUCUAAUAGUUUGGUAUCUUUAACUUUAAACUAUAAGUACAAUACAUUGUUUUUUAAUGAAAUAUAAUGCUAAAAUUAUUAA